CCGACGAUCACGCCGCCGCCCAACGCCAACGCGCCGUUCAUGCAGCAGAGCAAAUACCCCGAGGGCACCAUCUUCAUUGCUGUGGGCGGUGGCUUGGCCCUGUGUCUCCUGAUCGUGAUGGCCUGGCGCGGGAUCGUCGCCUGGUCCCUCCACCGCUCCAUGAGCCGCACUACCACCAAGCCCGGCAUGAUCGACUCCAAGUCCAUGCUCCACAAGUCGAAGGGAGGCAACGGAAGUGGGGGGUUCUACGCCGUCGGCCCAGGAUCGACGUUGUCGCUGGACCACCUGGGCUCCAACCGCUCUCCGGGAUUGGGCCCGAACGGAAGCCUCUUCUUCUCGCCCACGUCGAACUCUAUCGCGCCGAACAGCGCCGGUGGGGAUCGCCGGUCCACCUACCUGCCCGCCGGAUUCUACGCUGCCGGGAAUAGGAACUCGGCCGUGCUCAACAACAACAGCCAAACGCGCUUCUCGAGAUCCAGAGGACCGGGUGCUUCGCCGCCGGGAACUCCGUUGAUGGCGCCGCAGAGCAGGGGAGGCGCCAGCAGCAUACAGACGGAGAGGAUGAGUGGCAUGCGCGUCAACGACUCGCUGACGAGUCUGGCAUUACCCCCGACUGGUCGAGCUCCUAGUGCGUACCUCGAGGAUCUCUUUGAGAACCAUCAGUUGCCGGAACACGGUGGCCAGGGGAGA